AUGGCCAGCGGUCGCACAUCUGAAUCGACUGAGGCAGAAGGACCUGCGAGGAGCUCCAGUGCAGGGUUGUCGCAGCAGGGUAUUUCUGAGCGACUUGCCGUGAUGUGGCGAGUGGUCACCGUUACGGGCGUCCAUCCAUUCCAGCGAAGGAAAUUUACAUAUGAAUCUGAUGUGGCAAGUCAAGACCAGGACGUACUUGUCUGCGCGUUGUGUCUACAGCCACGUCACGUAACGCCGUUGCUCGCCAACGUUUCUCUGAUUGACUUGCCUUGCUCUUCAAGAUGA